UGUCCCUGGGAAGAAGCAGCUGCCUCUCAGACUGACAGACUCCACUACUAAGGAUAUAACAGCGCAGUGCCUGAACAGCAGCCUUCCGACCCACCCCCCCGCUGUUUCUCUGGAGCGUAGACCUUACCGGUUUAGCUUCCCAAGAUGGAUCUGAGGGUAACAAGCCUUCUCCUCGUCCUCCUAGCUUUGGGUGAGGCGACCCCUGACAGGUACUACCGUGUGGCAAAAGCGAGCAAGUCUGCCUACCCGGUGAAGAGUCAAAGCCCGGUGAAGAGUCAAGCUGUUACAGGCCACCCAGGUCCUCCAGGUCCUCCAGGUGAGGAAGGACCAAUGGGGCCAUCUGGACCUCCUGGAACGAGUGGUAUAGGACAUACUGGACAACAAGGCCCUGCAGGUCCUCCCGGGCCCCCUGGCUACUCUCAAGCUGGUAAACCCGGUUCCCCAGGUGGCCAUGGAAAACCAGGUAGCUCUGGCAUCCCUGGUCAUAAAGGCGAACCUGGCGCAACUGGACCAAUGGGUGCCAGAGGUGCACCUGGUCCGUAUGGAUCACCUGGACCUGCUGGAAUUUCUUCAAGUGGAAAACCUGGACCAUCUGGCUUCCCUGGGUCAGUGGGACAAAGAGGCGAGGCUGGUUUGAAGGGACAUCCUGGUAUUCCUGGUCUUCCUGGGACCAAAGGAGAAAGAGGCAUUGGAGUUCCUGGGGUUCAAGGACAUCAAGGCGCAGUUGGACCAAUGGGCCCAUCUGGAAUGCCUGGCAAAUCUGGAGUUGGUAUGCCUGGUGCCACUGGCUAUCCCGGAGAACCUGGCAAGGGUGGUGUGCCAGGAAGAGAUGGCGCUCCUGGGUCAAUGGGUAUGACAGGACCAAAGGGUCACACUGGGGCUCCAGGUAUAGGAGCAUCAGGGAAACCAGGCCAGAAUGGUAGCCCAGGUAUGCCUGGACCUAUGGGUUCUAAAGGUCCACAUGGUCCAGCUGGUCAGCCAGGCUCCCCUGGCAUGCCAGGUGUUGGCAAAUCAGGCGAAACUGGAAUACCUGGUAGUAGAGGAGCCACCGGUACUCCAGGAACCACUGGUCAGAAAGGAGAGCCAGGCCCAACUGGUUUUACUGGUCAGCCAGGUGCUUCUGGUCCUAAUGGCCAAGCUGGUCCACAGGGUGCAAGAGGAUUUCAGGGUGAGGGAGGCCCACAAGGACCCAAAGGCGACACUGGUAUGGUAGGCACGCCAGGCCCAAGGGGAACCAAGGGUGAACAGGGAGCUCAAGGUUUCACUGGAAAACCAGGUUCCCCAGGGGCAGUAAGUGCUCCAGGAGCUCCAGGGCAUAAUGGUCCUCAAGGUCAAAAGGGUGUACAAGGCCAUGCUGGUCCCUCAGGAAUCCCAGGUGCAAAUGGUGCCCCAGGACUCAAAGGAAACACAGGCCACUCAGGAGGACCAGGAAAAAGUGGUGAGAACGGAAGGCCAGGAUCUAUGGGACCAGUUGGGCCACCCGGGCCAUCAGGUCCCUCUGGACUUCAGGGCCAUCCAGGUCUUCCAGGCUCACCUGGCCCAGCUGGCUUGACAGCUAAGGGAAUUUCUGGUCCUGAGGGUCCACCUGGAAUUCCUGGUGCCAGAGGUCAAGAUGGUCACCCAGGGCCUGCCGGUCCUCCUGGUCCUCCUGGCCAACCAGGAGAGAUGGUCUACCACGAUGAGAAGAGCAUGCCAAUCAAGUCCCACGAGGUUAUGAUGUCUCAUGAGAUGGUGAAGGCCCCCAUGUCUGCCUUCAGUGCUGUGCUGACCAGAGCCUACCCACCAGCUGCAACCCCUAUUCAGUUCAACCAGGUUCUGUACAAUGGGGAGCACCAUUAUGAUGAUCACAGUGGUGUGUUUACCUGCCAGAUCCCAGGCCUCUACUAUUUCAGCUAUCACGUGCACGUCAAUGGUGCCAAUGCACUGGUGGCCCUCUACAAAAACGAGGAGCCAGUUAUGUUCACCUAUGAUGAGUACAACAAAGGCUUCCUGGAUCAGAUGUCAGGCAGUACUGUUCUUAUGUUGGAUGGCGGUGACAGAGUCUAUGUCCAGGUCCCCGAUGAGGAGAGUAAUGGCAUAUUUGCAGCAGAUAAUGUUCACUGCGCAUUCUCUGGGUUCUUGAUUGCCUCAACGUGAUUUCACGAAUUCAAAAAAAAACUCAAAACCAUACGAAACAUUGAACUACUACUAAAUUCCAAAUUUAGAUUGUAGAUUGAAACAAUAUAUGGUUGUAAGUUUAACAAGUUUAACUGCCAUUCAAAUCUUUACAAUAAUAAGUAAACAUUUUUAAAUAUAUGGUCCAAAUUCCCCCCUUCACCGUGUGUGUCUUUGUAGUUCUAAGAAACAUGAAACAAUAUUGGAAGGAAUCUUAAGUGGUGCUUUACAACUGCCUGUAACAUUUACAGCACGUCUUUUAUUUGUGUUUGAUUUUAUUAAUGUCUGUUGUUUAAGAAUUUUUCUGUAAUAUACAAACACAAAACACACUAAACUGUUAUCUCUAAUACUCAUGCAUUAUAUGUUAUUAGAGAUCAGUACAUUCUCACAAGCACUGUGAUCAGCAAAACACAGAUUGAGAAAUUAAAACUGCAUUUUUUUUUUUUUCAAAACAGCUAUGUCCCAUUGGAUGUGUUAAGUUAUGUACCACUUACUGACCAAAACACAGAA